AUGCAAAUUUUCGUUAAAAUCCUUUCUGGUAGGCCUUUAAUUACCAUUGAGGUAGAAUCAUCAGACACAAUCGGCCAAGUUAAGCAAAAAAUCCAGAACAAGGAAGGUUAUUCAGCAGAACGUCAACUUCUUAUUUUCGAUUCUAAACUGUUAGAAGAUGAUUGUACCUUGUCAAAUUAUAGUAUUCAUAAUGAAACUAUGAUUCAUUUGGCACUUCGUCUUAGACCCUUGAAGUUGAAUUAUCAGACACCAUUAGUCAG